GCGGCCGGGCGCGGGGCCAGGGCGGUCGGGAGCCGGGCGGCGCCGGGCGGCGGAUCGCGGGGAGGGCGGCGGCCUGGGCCCGCCGAGCCAUGGCGGCCCCGGAGCCGACGCCGAGGCGGGGCCGGGAGCGGGAGCGGGAGGACGAGAGCGAAGACGAGAGCGACAUCCUGGAGGAGAGCCCGUGCGGCCGCUGGCAAAAGCGGAGGGAGCAGGUGAACCAGGGGAAUAUGCCAGGGAUCCAGAGCACCUUUCUGGCCAUGGAUACCGAGGAGGGGGUAGAAGUGGUGUGGAACGAGCUCCACUUCGGAGACAGGAAGGCCUUCGCGGCCCAUGAGGAGAAGAUCCAGACCAUGUUUGAGCAGCUGGCGCUGGUGGACCACCCCAACAUCGUCAAGCUGCACAAGUACUGGCUGGAUGCCUCUGAGGCCCGCGCAAGGGUGAGCCAGAGGCGCGGUGUAGGGCGGGGUGAAGCCACAGGCCGGGCGGGCAGCAGUGGGAACCCACCCGCAAUGGCGGAGCCCCCGAGCCCGCCCGCCCGCCUCGCAGGUCAUCUUCAUCACAGAAUACGUGUCGUCGGGCAGCCUCAAGCAGUUCCUCAAAAAGACCAAAAAGAACCACAAAGCCAUGAACGCCCGGGUAUGGGGAGUGGGCUGGGGACAGGAGGGGUUCCGGGAGCCCUACGCACAGGGAUGGGACGGGCGGAGGUUCUCAGGGCAGCCUCGGGACAGGGGCUGGGAGGCGGGCGGGCUUCACAGGCCCAGCCGCCUCUCCGCGCCCACCCGACGGAGUCAUGCGUCCGCCGCCAGGCCUGGAAGCGCUGGUGCACGCAGAUCCUGUCCGCGCUCAGUUUCCUGCACGCCUGCAGCCCCCCUAUCAUCCACGGGAAUCUGACCAGCGACACCAUCUUCAUUCAGCACAACGGCCUCAUCAAGAUCGGCUCUGUGUGGUACCGCAUUUUCUCCAAUGCACUCCCUGAUGAUCUCCGGAGCCCCAUACGCGCUGAGCGUGAGGAACUGCGGAACCUGCACUUCUUCCCACCAGAGUAUGGCGAGGUCAAUGAUGGGACUGCCGUGGACAUCUUCUCCUUUGGGAUGUGUGCGCUGGAGAUGGCUGUACUGGAGAUCCAGGCCAAUGGAGAUACUCGGGUCACAGAAGAGGCUAUUGCUCGAGCCAGGCACUCACUGACUGACCCCAACAUGAGGGAGUUCAUCCUCUCCUGCCUGGCCCGGGACCCAGCCCGCAGGCCCUCUGCCCACAACCUCCUCUUCCACCGCGUGCUCUUCGAGGUGCACUCGCUGAAGCUGCUGGCAGCCCACUGCUUCAUCCAGCACCAGUACCUCAUGCCUGAAAAUGUGGUGGAGGAAAAGACCAAGGCGAUGGACCUGCAUGCAGUCUUGGCAGAGAUGCCCCAGCCCCAUGGGCCCCCGAUGCAGUGGCGGUACUCAGAAGUCUCCUUCUUGGAGCUGGACAAAUUCCUAGAGGAUGUCAGGAAUGGGAUCUACCCAUUGAUGAAUUUUGCGGCUGCUCGGCCCCUGGGGCUGCCUCGUGUGUUGGCUCCACCCCCCGAGGAGGCCCAGAAGGCAAAGACCCCAACGCCAGAACCCUUUGACUCAGAAACCAGGAAGGUGGUCCAGAUGCAGUGCAACCUGGAAAGAAGUGAGGACAAGGCCCGCUGGCAUCUUACGCUGCUUUUGGUGCUGGAGGACAGGCUGCAUCGGCAGCUGACCUACGACCUGCUCCCAACUGACAGUGCCCAGGACCUCGCCGCAGAGCUGGUGCACUAUGGCUUCCUGCAUGAGGAUGACCGGAUGAAGCUGGCCGCCUUCCUGGAGACCACCUUCCUCAAGUACCGUGGGACCCAGGCCUGACCCAUCCAGCCCUGGAGGCUCAGGGCAGUCCACGUGGGGAAGAGCCUGGCCCCACUGAAAGCUGCCCUCUACUUGCUUUUCUGGCAUUCGAUGAACAUGGGGCUGCUAGUGAGGACUCCUCACUUCCUCUAGCAGUG